UGCGGUACAUGGCUCCAGCUGCUGCAAAGGUCUUGCUCACGGACCUCGCGUCCGGCAUCGACCGUGUGCCCGACAAUUACAUCCGGUCCGAGGCUGACCGGCCGAACCUCACUGAGGUCGAGGCCUCAGAUGCCUCCUCCAUCCCUCUCGUAGAUCUCCAAGGCCUCUCUGGUCCCAACCGUGAUGAUAUCAUAAGACAGAUUGGUCGAGCAUGUCAACAAGAUGGUUUCUUUCAGAUCAAGAACCACGGGAUACCGGAAGAGAAGGUGCAGGCCAUCAUGAACAUAGCCAGGGAAUUUUUCCGGUUGCCGGAGAGCGAGAGGCUGAAGAAUUACUCCGAUGACCCCACGAAAUCGACCAGGCUUUCGACUAGCUUUAAUCUCAAGACAGAGAAGGUGUCUAACUGGAGGGACUUCUUGAGACUCCAUUGCUACCCCCUUGAAGAGUACAUGCACGAGUGGCCGACCAAUCCUCCAUCAUUCAGGAAGGAGGUGGGUGAGUAUUGCACAAGAGUGAGAGAACUGGUGUUCAAACUGUUGGAAGCCAUAUCAGAAAGCUUGGGGCUUGAAAGGGAAUACAUAAGCCAGAACUUGGGCAAGCAUGGUCAGCACAUGGCUAUGAACUACUAUCCACCAUGCCCACAGCCCGAGCUCACUUAUGGGUUGCCCGGCCACACCGACCCGAAUUUGAUCACCAUCCUUCUUCAGGACGACGUGCCUGGUUUACAAGUCCUUAGAAAUGGAAAAUGGGUUGCUGUCAAUCCCAUCCCCAACACCUUCAUUGUCAACAUAGGAGAUCAAAUGCAGGUCAUUAGCAAUGACAAGUACAAGAGCGUCCUUCACAGAGCAGUGGUAAACUGUAACACGGAGAGAAUCUCCAUCCCAACGUUUUAUUGCCCAUCCCCAGAAGGCCUAAUUCGACCUGCUCAAGGCUUGAUUGACCACGGACAUCCAGCAGUUUACAGGAGCUUCACUUACGAGGAAUAUUACCACAAGUUCUGGAACAGAGGACUCAGGACUGAAUGUUGUUUGGACAUGUUCAAGAUACCCUCGGCUUAGGAUUUAUUUAAAACUUCUGAAUGACAAUUUAUUAGGUCUAGGAUGAGCAUUACUGUGUGUCAAUCUGUUUAAGGUAGGGAACAUGAUAUUAUCAUGAACAAAGUGAUAUUAUUAAGAACAAAGUGAUGUAGAACAACAUGCAAAUACCUUUAUGGAAAUAUUGGAGCGUCAUAAGAGCAGGCGGUCCCACAAAUCAAAUAAGAUUGCGUGAUCUUCGAGAUUACAAAUAGGUUACAAUAUUUGAUUCACGUGUUUCUCUUGAUCAACGAGAUGUCACAAAUUUCGGACGCGUUUUGCA